AAGAGCCGAUGACACAGGCUCUAUCAUAUGAUCAGCUGUGUCCAAUCAUGUAAGCUGACAGCGCUGAUCGUCAGGGCACUGAUCAUUAGUGCCCUGAUUAUCAGUGUAGCCCCAUCAGUGCUUCCUUUCAAUGUCCAUAAUUGCCACUUGUCAGUGACCAUCAAUACCACAUACCAGUGCCCAUCAGUGCACAUCAAUGCCACAUAUCAGUGCCCAUCAAUGCCACAUAUCGGUGCCCGUCAGAUCUGCCUUUCAGUGCCAACUAUCAGUGCCAACUAUCAGUGCCAGUCAGUGCUGCCCAUCAGUGACAGUUAGUGA